GCCAUGUCGGAAGAUUGGUGGCCGCCCCGCAACCUACUAGUCUUCGGCGACUUGAUUAUUACACUCUCGGCUUCCACUUCAUAGUUCCCGUGUUCCCAAGCUCUUUCCCCUGAAACGGUUGUUCUUGCGCUCCGUUCAACUUCCCAUCAACAUCAAGCAUGGUGGUAUCCAACAUAGCCAUUGCUACGGACCUAGCGCGAUGGAACACUUUAGGCCCAUCCGGUGAUCCUCCCCCUCUGACAACUAGAUAUGAUCCUAGCUCAGCAUGCGCGACUCAAUGGAUACAAAAUCCAGUCAACACCACCAACAUCCGAAGCGGGGACUAUAGUCUUAUUUGGCGAUCCGAGAAUGGAAAUUUCGGGAUGACGCGCGUUCAGAAUCUUCUGUCAUCGAACUACUACGAGUCUUGCCGCCCCUUUCUUCAGCCGCUAGAUCAGCCUUAUUACAGCCCAGGGAUAUGUACAAGAGGACAAACGAUAGCUGGCAUUGAGGAGCAGCGCUUUGGCAGCUCGCGAAGGUGGAAGGGCUGGUGUUGCGACAGGGGAAUGUCCAUGAAUGUUCUUGCACAGGACUGCCAAGGCGACUUUUCGACUCCUAGGACUGCACUCACAAACUUCACGACGACAAUUAUAGACCAGUGGGAUAGGACGCAAAGCGCCUCUGGUAUUGACACAGCAACGAGGUUUUGUACAAGGUCGGGAGGCUCCCAGACUUGUGCGAAUCCGACCACGCUGCAGAGGCCGACUGUGCUAUCUUCUGGUGUGGCCUUUGCUACUCCCUUCGGGGUGUAUUGGGAGGAAAGCGAUUUGUCGAACUUUCCUAGCGACUAUGCUUCGUCACUCGCGUCCCUGGUCGACGCUAAAUUCGGAGGUAAUAAUGCUACAGAAGAUCCAUCUCCGGGCUCAAAAGACGGUGGUUUAAGUCCAGGCGCUAUAGCGGGUAUAGCCGUCGGAAUAGGCCUGCUUGUUAUCAUUGGUAUCGUCAUACUCUUGUUUUUCUUGCGAAGAAAAAAGCAACAGAGAAAACGUCUUCAGCAGCCGAACGAGGCGGAGAUGGAUGGAAACUCGCAAGGAUUUAAGCAAGCGGUGGACAAUAAAUGGAGGGCUGAGGCGGAUGGAAGAUCGGUGCCGGUUGAGGCUGGGACGGGAGGUGUUGUGCCGCGGUCGCCGGUGGAGUUGGACAGCACGCAGCGGGAGAGAGACCAUUAAGCAAAUGGAAAAGAGAUGGACGCUAUAAUGAAUCUGUCGCGAUAACGAAGAUCGCAAUCGAGCGAUGGCCGUCGUUUUCUUCGCUCACUGUUGCUUGUGUGCCUGUCCUGCAUAUGACAAGGCUGCAGGUACUCUGUCAUGGUAUUGGGUGUGUGUAGUACACGAUGUCGCUGUAGCCGCUGCGUGACAUGCACAUAUCGGCGCCAAAGGACUACGCCGCAUAAUGCGGCGUAGCAAUCCUACCAACCAACCUUACAAUUCGAUGCUCGUCACCUCUCCACAUCUGGAUCAAAGUUUUGUACCGCUGGCGGAGUUCUUUAAGAUC